UCAGGUUGUCACUCAAACCCCGUCAUUUGCACGCGGAGAGUCUAAAUGACUAAUCACCUUUUACGCGUACGUGGUCAGGGGCGCGCUCCGCGGGCACUACUGUGGCUAGGCUAUAGAAGGCGCAAAGAAGGACGGCAUCAAUCUGCUUGCGAACAGCGACUGCUCCAGACCGACGAGAUGUCUUACAAAACCGCUCCCCACUCUUCUUACCAAAAGAUGUUUGGUGGAGAGAAGCCCAUGUCCAGGUCGACCUACUCCAGCCGCCAAUCCUUCGCUCCGGUGCGCUCUACGCGCGUAUCCUUCGGUCUCUCUUCCAGCCCGGGCAUCUAUGCAUCCAAAUCGCAAAGGGUCCGAAGCUCGGCCACGAACCGCUUGGCAUCCGAGACCUUGGACUUCUCUUUGUCCGACGCGAUCAACACAGAGUUUAAGACGAACCGCACCAAUGAAAAGGCGCAAAUGCAGUCGCUGAACGACCGCUUCGCCAGUUACAUCGACAAAGUGCGCUUCUUGGAGCAACAGAACAAGAUCCUGCAGGCCGAGUUGGAGCAGUUGCGGGGCAAAGGCUCGUCCCGCAUCGGAGACCUCUACGAGGAGGAGAUGCGAGAGCUAAGGAGCCAGGUGGACCAGCUGACCAACGAGAAAGCCCGCGUGGAGGUUCACCGAGACAACCUUGUAGACGACAUCGAGAGACUCAGAGAGAAGCUCCUGGAGGAGAUGGCCCAGCGAGAGGAAGCUGAGGCCAACAUGCAGAGCUUCAGACAGGACGUGGACAACGCUGCCCUGGCCCGACUGGACCUGCAGCGCAAGGUCGACUCCCUCCAGGACGAAAUCAACUUCCUCAAGAAACUGCAUGAUGAGGAGAUGGUGGAGAUGCACGUCCAGGUGCAGGAGCAACACCUCCAGGUGGACAUGACGGAGGUGGCCAAGCCUGACCUGACGUCGGCUCUGAGGGACGUCCGCAUGCAGUACGAGAACCUGGCCAGCAAAAACCUCCAGGAGUCAGAGGACUGGUACAAAUCAAAGUUUACCGACCUCAGCGAGUCUGCCGCUCGUAACAACGAAGCUCUAAAAAUGGCCAAGCAGGAGGCCAAUGACUACCGACGCCAGAUGCAGACCAUCACCUGCGAGGUUGAUGCCCUCAAGGGAACCAAUGAAUCCUUGGAGCGGCAGAUGAGGGAGACGGAGGAGAACUUCUCCAUGGAGACGUCCGGUUACCAGGACACUAUUGCCCGUUUGGAGGACGACAUUCAUAACAUGAAGGACGAGAUGGCCCGCCACCUUCGUGAGUAUCAGGACCUCCUCAAUGUCAAGAUGGCCCUGGACAUCGAGAUCGCCACCUACAGGAAGCUGCUGGAAGGAGAGGAGAGCAGGAUUUCCGUUCCUAUGGCUAAUUUCUCAUCUAUGAAUCUGAGAGAAACCAUGAUUGAGUCCAGACCUCACGUAGAAAGCACAACAUCCAAGAAAGUCCUCAUCAAGACAAUUGAGACCAGGGAUGGACAGGUGGUCAACGAGUCCACACAGAACCAUGAAGAUUAUGAUUAAAGUCCUUGGCUGUUAUGCUGUGAACGACCCAAGCUUACGGUCAAACAAGAGACCAACCACUCAGCAAAAAGAUAACUGCUGCUUAAAGUGCCUUUAUGUGUACAAGAUUUGAACCUGUCAGUUAAAUGGAUCUUGCUUCUCUAAAUGCUGAACCUAUUUUCUUUGUCACAUUGAUUUUCCAAAAAACAAGUUGGAACAAUAGCAAUGCUUAUUCAAGUCAUGACCUUGGUAACCCAAUACUGUCACAAACACGAUUGAAAUCUCUAAUAAAUAUCAGGUAUUAAGCAACAAUAAAAUAUUAAGACCCCU